AUGUCGCAGCGACCGAAGAAGCUCCAGCGAGUUUCCAAAGCUUGCGAUUUCUGCAAUCGACGCAGCAUCAAAUGUAGCAAGUCGGACGACCCGCUGGGCCGCUGCCAGAACUGCGCCGACUUCGAUGUGCCCUGCACCUUCGACCGGCCCAUCAAGCGGAGAGGCGUGAAGAGCGCACGCGUGCGCCUCAAUGAGGCUGCAGACCAGCGGUCGGGCAGUAGUGGACGCUCGCAGUCGGAGGCCAGCCAGCGCUAUGUGCGAAGCGGCGAUCCUUGGGGCGCCCUCAGCACGCUGUGGUCGGCUCUCGACAAUCCUUCACGCGACGAGAAUGCCCUGCGCCGGUCGUGGAGUGCGUUCGCCAUCGCCACGGAACGGACGAUCCGCAAUCUUGUCGACGUCUAUUUUGAAAUCGUCUACCCGAUCUUCCCGUUGUUCCAUCGCCCGUCCUUCCUGGAGAAGCUCAAUCGCAACGAGCAUCUCCGCGAUCGCGGCGUCUUUGCGUCGACGAUGGCCGCCUGCGCUCUUGCGUCCGGCAGGGCUCGUGAUGGGGCCCUGUACUCGACGCGCUGGCAUCUCCCCGACCUCCUGGAGCCUCCGUCCGAGGUGUUCUAUGCGGCCGCCAAAGACUCGAUCCCCAAGGAUCUGAGCACGGCCAAGGGCUUGAAUUUCAUGCGCGCCUGCGCCAUUCUGGCCAUCGCGAGCAUCCAGAACGGUCAGAUCAAGGCCAUGCAGCAGUACUCGGGCUACUAUCACACCCUGACCGCCAUGGAAGGGCUGUACGAUGAGAAGCUGUGGCCGAAGCAUCUGAGCCCGAUAGAGAUUGAAGAACGCCGACGACUGUUCUGGUCGAUCUACACCCUUGAUAUCUACUCGUCUAUUGUCUGGGGUGGCAUCAUUCGCCAUCGGGAGGCCCAGUCCAUGGUCCGCUAUCCAACCGAGAUCGACGACGAAUACAUCACCGAGACGGGGUAUACCGCUCCCCCUGCACCAGCAUUACAGCCCAGUCCCAGUGGAAUCCCAGUCGUAUCUCAGGAGUCAGUGAGCUGGCUCCGAGGGUGGAAUUUCACGACUGAUCUGUAUCGCAUCCUUGAGCAUGCCGUCGACGGCUUGCGAUGUCGCUGGUCACAGCAGAAUGGCAUGACGCGGUUUCAUUCCCUGUUUGGUCGGAGUCCGAUGACCGAAUCGGUGGUCAUGGAGCGUGUCCUUGCCAUGUAUUCUGCACUCCCUUCGCAAUUCCGAGAAACGCUACCGGUGACAGGAGAUCCAUCCAAGGAUCUUUUUGGUUUCCAAUCCGCCAACAUCCAGGCCACGCUGCAGUUACUACGCAUGAUACUCUUCUCGACGGAAGACAUUGGAGUGGAGAGAAAAUGCGAUGUGGCGGGUGAGCUGCUGAGUGUGUUCUCGAAAGUACCUGUGGAGUACCUGAAGGCGAUCAGCUCUCCAUUGCUCCACCACUUGGCAGGAAUAGGCUAUAUUCUAGGGUCUGUUAUCGAAGGCAGUCUUUCUGAAGCAUCAUACCAACGGGUCCGAAUGCUCUUACUGGAGAUGGCCGACCUGCUCCGCCGUCUGGAAUCUGGACUCCACCGCGCCGCCGGUGCAAGUGAACGACUCCGAACGCAGGUGGAUCGAAUCGACGAGUAUAUGCGGCAGCAACGGAUGAUGAUGGCCGCUGCUCAGCAGCCCAAUGUACUCGAGCAGCAGCCGCAACAGCAGCAGCAGCAGCCACCGGAAGUUGGGACCGUCCCAUCACUCUCUUACAAUCAAACAGCGGCUUUUGGGGAGCAGCUUUCACAGUUCCAAUUGCCGCCAGAGCUGCUGGAAGACUGGCCAUGGCCAUUUGACUCGGGGCCGGCCGAGGGAUUGUUGCCAUUGAAUUUUGACUGA